GUGUUUUUUGAGAGCCGGAAAAGAAACCCUAUUUAAUCCCAAUUCGUGGCGUUGUUGCUUGCUGGAGAAUGGCGACACCGCCCACUCUAUCGCUUCUCCAAACUCCCUCAUCUCUCAAAUCCUUACUUUCUUCCAUAAACCCUAGCUCCUCCUUCUCCGGUUUCCGUUCCUCUGCUCGCCUCCAGGAGAACCGAAUCGUCGACCUCAGCCUCGUCCGCCGCCCCUCGCCUCCUGGCCCGAUCGCCAUCCGGUGCACGAGCGGCCACGGCGAGUACGAGUACGAGCGGGGAGUGUACCCUCGGCCGCAAGAGAUUCCAUGGAGCAAGGAAUUCGCCAACUCCGUCCACCUGAUCGGCACCGUUGGCGCGCCCGUCCAGAUCAAGCAACUCAGCAGCGGGAAGGUCGUCGCUUGGACCCGCCUCGGUGUCAAAAAGUCCGCUUCCGAGACCUCAUGGAUUAAUCUAACAUUUUGGGACGACCUUGCAAAUGUGGCGUUCCAGCAUGUGGAAAAGGGUCGGCAAGUGUAUGUAUCUGGGCGUCUCGUGUCAGAUUCUGUUGAUGGGGAAGAUGGGAAAUGGCAGGUCUUCUACAAGGUGAUAGUUCAAAAGUUAAAUUUCAUUGAGAGGACCUUCCCUGCGGUCUCGAAGUAUGAACAAGAGAUGGGUGCUGUACCUUCAGGUAAGGUUGGGAACUAUGUGACUAAUACCACUGCUUCUACAGUAGAGCUCUGGCAAGCCUUCUUUGCUAACCCCACAGAGUGGUGGGAUAACAGGAACAAUAAGAGGAACCCCAAAUAUCCUGAUUUCAAGCACAAGGAUACUGGUGAAGUGCUGUGGAUUGAAUCUAAGAACAACCCACAGUGGGUGAAGUCUCAAUUGGCCGUACUGGAUUCAAGAAUGGCUACUCUCCAAACCAAUGGCAGUGAUGCUUCUGUUUCUUUUAUGUAUGGUGAUGAUUUCACACCAUUCUAGUUUAAUUUCUAGACAUUGAACGAAAGACCUCGAGUUCUACUCGCAGUAUAUUCUAGAGUUAUGAUGAAAGAUGCUUGGCAUAUAUCUUUUAGUCACAAACUUGCAACCUUCAGAGUAAUGGCUUCCCCUGCAGUCUCUCCAUGGUUUUGGCACGACACAUGCUGAUGGAUCAACCCCAACUUGUGAAAGAAUGAAUCUGUGACUUACUGUGGAGAGUAUCUGAUGUCUGACAUUAUAAGAUACUAGUCAUGUGAGGGUUCACACUGGUAUCUUUGGUACUAUGUUGUGAAUCCUUGAUACCCAAUUUAUGAGAUUUAUUAGAUUAGCAAACCAUAUUUCAUGUAUUGUUCUCCCUAUCAUACAGAUUGGAUUGGUAGUUUAGUGUAGAGUAUCUAUCUUUCAAUUUCUUUUUUGCUCUUAGAUGAACCACAGCAGCAACAUGGCUGUUGGCUGGAAUGUUGGGUAUUGUUUCCCUGACUUGAGGAGGCAAUUGCGUGUAGCGUAACUUCUAUCAUCAUUAUGCAAGUUGCGGCAGACGCACCUUAUGAUCCAUCUUGUACAGUGCUUAAUGUCGGAAGUUAUGGAGGAGAGACUGGCCACCAUUAUUGAGGCCUUGGAUUUAAGCUUGAUAUCAACUG